AUAUUACUACAACAAGAGGAUCCUGCACAAGACCAAGGGCAAAAGAUUCACCUACAAAUUCAACUUCAACAAAUUGGUGAUGCCCAAUUAUCCCUUCAUCAACAUCCGCCCCAACGGCGUGGUCCCGCAGAGCGCCCCGCCCGUCCCCACCGCCUCCUCCCGGGGGCCCAUCAAACUCCAACCUCCUCCCGCCGGCCGCAAAAACCGGGAGAGGCUGGAGAGCCCCGAGGGGGAGAACCCGCAGAUCCCCAGGGUGAAAGUGGAGAAGGAGGAGGAGGAAAAGUUGGGGAAGCAGGAGGAAGAGGAGGAGAAAAUCCCGGUUUUUGCCCGGCCGGCCGCUCCGGCGUGGGUCCCGACUGCCGCUCAGCCGGGAUCAUCCGGGGAUGAGAACGCGGAAAAAGCGUCGCGGGAUUCUUCUGGAGAUGCCGGGAAUCAGGAGAAGAGGGAGGACGCCCUGAUGCCGCCCAAACUGAGGCUGAAACGGCGCUGGAACGGAGAUUCCCGGCAGGAAAUGCCCGAGGAGUCCCGGCAAAACGGGAUCUGGCACCUCCCCAAAGCCGUGGCCGCCGCCUCCGACACCUAAUCCCGCCUGGAAAAACAAAACACAACAAAAAAAAAAAAAAAACCUUGGAAAACGCCCGGAAAAAAUCCGUGUAUUUAUGUAGCAAGGUUGCAGAGCAGUUCGGGAUAACGGUGGGGGAGGGGGUGGGGUAGA